UCGGACCCCAAGUCCCGAUGGGCCCCGCGGGGGGCGCGGCGGGGCCCGGGCGCUUCUUCGGCGUCUAUCUGCUCUACUGCCUGAACCCUCGGCACCGGGGGCGCGUCUACGUGGGGUUCACCGUUAACCCGGGCCGUCGCGUCCAGCAGCACAACGCGGGUCGCAAGAAAGGCGGGGCCUGGCGGACUAGCGGGCGCGGGCCCUGGGAGAUGGUGCUCAUUGUGCACGGCUUCCCUUCCGCCGUGGCCGCCCUUCGGUUCGAGUGGGCCUGGCAGCACCCGCACGCCUCGCGUCGCCUGGCGCACGUGGGCCCGCGCCAGCGGGGUGAGGCCUCCUUCGCUUUCCACCUGCGGGUGCUGGCGCACAUGCUCCGCGCGCCGCCCUGGGCGCGCCUCCCGCUUACACUGCGCUGGCUGCGCCAGGACUUCCGCCAGGAUCUUUCCCCGCCACCGCCGCCGCACGUGCCGCUGACUUUCGGGCCUCCGCCGCCAGCGACCCGGAGGUGCCUCGCUGCUCCCGCUGCAGGCCAGGACUCCCAGGCCCUUUGCACCCUGUGUGCGCACGCGAUCCAGGAUGAAGAGGGGCCCCUGUGUUGCCCCCACCCUGGCUGCCUCCUGAGGGCCCAUAUGAUCUGCCUGGCAGAGGAGUUCUUGCAGGAGGAGCCAGGCCAGCUUCUGCCGCUAGAGGGCCAAUGCCCUGGCUGUAACAACUCACUGCUGUGGGGAGACCUGAUCUGGCUGUGCAGGAUGGGCACUGAGGACGAAGAGGAAGACUUGGAAUUAGAAGAGGAACAUUGGACAGACAUGCUGGAGACCUGAUCCUCUCUCUCCCCACCCUGCCCCCACCGAUUCCUUUUCUGUGCCACCCCCUGUAGGGCU